CUCGCAGCAGCGCCGCCCCGGCUCCAGCCCCGCAGCUCGCCCGCCCGCCCGGCUCGCCCGGGGGAAGGUAGCAAGCGGGCGAGCGCGCCCUCGCCCCAGCCCCGCGCGGCGACCAAGGACCGGGAAGAUGAACGGCGGAGGCAAAGCCGAGAAGGAGAACACCCCGAGCGAGGCCAACCUUCAGGAGGAGGAGGUCCGGACACUAUUUGUCAGUGGUCUGCCUCUGGACAUCAAACCCCGGGAGCUCUACCUGCUCUUCAGACCAUUCAAGGGCUAUGAGGGGUCUCUUAUAAAGCUCACAUCUAAACAGCCCGUAGGUUUUGUCAGUUUCGACAGUCGCUCCGAAGCAGAAGCUGCCAAGAACGCUUUGAACGGCAUCCGCUUCGAUCCUGAAAUCCCACAGACACUACGACUAGAAUUUGCUAAGGCGAACACGAAGAUGGCCAAGAACAAACUCGUAGGGACUCCAAACCCCAGUACUCCUUUGCCCAACACUGUACCUCAGUUCAUUGCCAGAGAGCCAUAUGCGCUGGCUCCCUCCCUCCGAGGCUACUUCUCAGGGUUGGAAGUCCCGGCAGUUCUGCUGAAGGCUGUGUUUGAAAACACCUUGUCCAGUUUUGAUCCCUUCAAGACUUUGCCACAGCCUCUAUCACACAUCUGUUUUCCUCAAAGACAAAAAAUAUAUAAUAAAAUGUGUUUUACUCUUUUACACUGUAUAAUUUUAAGAAAUAUGUGUUAUUUGUGAAUGCAUGGUCUGAAAUUUCUGUACAGUUUGGAGACAUACUCAGAACAAAGACAACAGUAAAGCCAAGACGGUUAGUAUUUUUCUAAGAGACAUUUUAAGAAUGUAGGGAUGAGUUCUUACACUAGGUUAGAUCACUUUUGCGCUUGAUUUUUGAAUGCUUUUAAUGACGUUUAUCUUGUUUUUCUUCUACAAUGAGCUGCAUGUUUGAGGCAUGUCUCUGACUAGCAUCGAGAUUUCCACAAUUGUGUUGUGAAUGUGGACUCCAUCUGCCUGGCCCAGAGUCAGGGCACAUUAGUAACAUGGUGUAGAAAUGAGUUCGGCAAGACAAUCAAAGCCCCGGAGUAUCUGCUGUCAUAGUGUAUUCACAUCUGGGCAAAGACUACUACUUAGGUCAUGUCUCCUGAGCACAGUGUACCAUCUGGUUUCAUGGUGGCUCUGGCUGCCACAAUACAAACUAUGCCAAGUGAGGUAUUGCCAUUUUAUACUUGUAUUUAUUAUAUUCUUACUGUUCAUGCUAGCACCCUUGGAGUGUGGGACCUAAUGUAUCACCCACCUUCCAUAAACUGUUCUCACUUCCCCAGUGAGUAGAGGGACCUUGGUUUGGCCACCAUGGCCUCAGGAGAAGCAGGCUGCCCACCCAGCUUGCUUGGCUGCAAUGGGCAUCACAUCAAGGGGUUCUGCACAGCACUGGCCUACCUGAGCUGGUGUUCCAAAGGCUGGCAGCCAUCCAUCGCGUCCUCCGAACACUGUGUGCUCAUCUUGAGACGACCUACUGCACUGCACUGGGUGGGUCAUGUAACCAUGGCCAUUUACAAUGAAUGCCGUUUCCCUUGCUUCAAGACCUCUUCAAAGCCCAGUUAGUCUUGUGUUGUAUACCAACACAUUUCCAGAGGCUGUGACAGGGCAGCUUCUCCCCACUCCUCAGACAAGAGCCAUGUGUAAUACUAUAUUGACCUCAGAAUUUCCAGCUGCUGAUAUAGCUAGACAUAAUCACAAUCUUUGUAUCUUUGUUACUGAUCUGCUUGUGUUGUGUUGAAAACAUGUUUUAAUGAUUAUACCAUUGGGUGGGGGUGGGUGUUGUUUCAUUAUUUUUCAUUAGAAGCAAGAAUGUCAAGUUUUUACAGGUUAUUGGAAAAAGAAAAAGGAAAAAGAAACACCAAGGCCUGGCGUAAGGGCCUUGCCCUAGAAACUAGAGGAAAGGGGGAGGCAGCAGCUGGGGACCUAAAACAUCCACAGUGGUGUGUGGGGACCGCUCGUGACCCCAGUGCCACUUGGCUUUUAGACUCCUCUACUUGCUUUAAAGAGAGGCCACUUCCCCAUCGAGUAUGCUUUUAUAAACUGUAAAGGUACUUUUCUAUUGUCGUUUUUAAAAAAAGUAAUAAUAAAGUAUAUUCCAGCUAUUACACGAUUGUCUGGGAACUUACUCACAACAUCAACCCACCAUGCCCCAUAACGCUGAGAUUCCCAUUUCCAGGCAGUGGCACAACUAGGCAAGAUUCAGAGAGUGGCCGUCAGGGCUAAUAACAACACACCCACGCACCACUGAGGGCGUCACACGCCUGAGUACCUUUAACUCAGCUCUGAUGAGUUACCAUCCACCCUCACCUACAAAGUUUGAGCUCAAAAUUACUAAGAUUCUGCCAGGCAUGGUGGUGAGCACCUUAAGUCCCAAGAGGCAGGCAGAUCUCAGUUAAGCCUGGCUCAGUUAAGCCAGCCUGAUCUACAGAGUUCCAGGACAGCCAGAGCUACACGGUGAGACCCUGUCUCGGGGGUGGGGACCGGAUUCUGCUGGGGGUGAUGGCUCAGGAGUUAGGGGAGCUUGCUGCUCUUGCGGAGGACUGGGGUUAGGUUCCCAGCACCUACAUCGAGUGACUCAAAGCAGUAACUCGAGGUCCACAUCAUCGAGGGUUACAUCAUCAUCUUCAGGCAGCGACACACACAGUGCACGUACAACACAUAAAAUGAAACCUUUUUUUUUUUUUUUUAAAAAAGGAAGCCUCAAAAUCUAGAAAAAUGUGGCUGCUGAUUUAGCCAAGAUAACAGUAUUCUAUACACUCAUCAGUUUUACCCCCUACGUCUUACGAAUCCCAGGCUUACAUUAAACUUGCUGUGUAGCCAAGGAUGACCCUAACUUCUGAUCCUUCUUGCCUCCCCUUCCCAGUACUGAGAUCACGGGAGUGCUAUAGAGGAUUUUAUAAAUCUGCUAGGCAAGUACUUUACCGGCUGAGCUGCAUCCCUGCCUGUCCUGCCUCCUAAUUGUUCAGUAGUCACUGGCGACCUUCAGUCUUGGUCACCGAUACUUUCAUCUCAUGACUUAGUUUUCCAGAGACUAGCCAUCCAAAGCAGGCCACAGCCACUGCUUUCUGACCAUCUGGCAUUCCUGCAGAAGACUGGUGUACCUUCCAGUCACCCUCCAGCUCAUGGAAGUAUGCCCAAGACUGCUCUAUGGAGUACAGUGAUCAUAGACGGCUUUGCCUUCAGCCUAGCCGCUCAGUAGCUAUGUGCAAGGACAAGCCUGUCUGCCUGCCUGCAGUGUGUGUCCCAGUCCAGUGCAAGCCCUAGAUAAAUUCCUGCUGACCAAGCAGUUUACACCCACUCGGUUAACUUUCUCCGGAAUAUCUUCUGUCACUCUGCUGAGCAGAUAUGAAUGUAGCAGGGUCUUUGGGAACCAGUAACUUGGUAUUAGAAAAGGGCACACCGGUUUGUUCGUUCACUCUUGCUCCCUUAUGAAAAGGUCUCAAUUAUAUAGGCUUCAAAAGAACGGUAACGGAGCCAAAUGGACUCUCCCCGAGAACACAUCAUCUAGCAUGUAGAAUUAAACAGCCCCCCAACUAAAUUUCAACUCAAGUGAAUAUUGCCAAGCUUAAGUUUCCAAAUGAGAGCACCUCUAGUUAAUCACUUCUAAGCUUCGGACUCACUGAACCCAGUGUUUGCCUAUCUGCCCUUAUUUCAUGAGACUUUGCAACUAGUAUUGCCCCAUUCCACCAGGCAUCCCUAAGAAUUAGCCCGACAUGGCGGUGCAGAUCUGUAAUCCCAGCACCUAAAAGGCUGAAGCAGGACUGCAAGCAUUACCUGAGCUAAAGAAUGAGAAAGCAUAGCCAACACUCUGAAUUCAUCUCAACAAUCACUGAGACAGCCAACUGCUUCCUGAAGAGAGCACUCUUCCCUGGCUUAAGAACAUAAUGGAUGCUCUCUUCCUGUUCACUUUUAAACCAGUGUGACAUUCUCUGUGACAAAACAAUUUACAACAUUCUGGGAAAGCUAGAGUGUUAGUGACUAGUUAGUGACGUGUUCUCUGAAAUACUAGUCCUCAAAAUGCUCGAAACCUUUAUUGACAGGUGCUAAAUGAACCAUAUACAGUUGGCGGUUUGAUUAAAGUGUUCAAAUUUGAACAAGCUGUAAAGUUUCUAUCUACCACCAGUGCAGAACACGCUUGCAGGAUUAACAUUGCCAAUAGCAACCCUCGUUCAGCUGCCCUGCUCUGGCCAGAUUCAAAAGUCUUAAGCCACCAUGCAUGAAGAACUCUUUCCCAGCUUCCUCCUUUGUAGCCCAGUGAUAUCCAUGGGUUCUUUCACUGGUGCAUCUUGGGAGCUAAGUCAUGGUAACUUUCUGCUUUAUUGGGGGAGCAGGGAAGUCUUCUCACAAACCAACAACUUGAAACUUUUACUCCCCACUUCAUAUACACUCCUCACUUAGAAACAAGGGUGUGAUCCAGGGUGGGUUCGGGGAGGGGGCUACAAGGUCCUCUUGUUCUGCUUACACACUUGAAAAGUCCCCUUUCUCUGUUCACGUCAAAUCAGAAGCUGGGUAGAGCUGCACAGGCCUGGGAUCCCAGCAUUCAUAGGGUUGAGGCAGAAGGUAGAAAAUCCAAGAUUAAUGAACUACGAAGUCAGGUUCUUUCCCAUCUCUACCCACAGUUAGAAGUGUGAUAGAGCCAGACUCUUAAAUUUUACCCAAGUUGUCUUUUGAAUAAAACAGGCCUAAAUACAAUUUGAAAUAAUGUUCAAAUUAAAAUAUUUACCUGGACAAAGGAGCAUUUUUCUCCGAAAACUAAACACAUGGUUUCAGUGUGAGGACUUGGCAAACAUGCAAAGUGUCAAGUGCAAAACUACACCUGCUUUCUGACAUUUCUAGAACUGGCCUCACCAAAUUCAGGCUGUAGUUUUUUCAGUUACCACUUUUUUGUUUUGAGGUUUUUUCAGACAGGAUUUUUCUGUGUAGCCCUGGCUAUUCUGGAACUUACUCUGUAGACCAGGCUGACCUCCAACUUGGAUCCGCCUGCCUCUGCCUCCCAAAUGCUGGAUUAAAGGCGUGCACCAGCUCACAGUCAGGUAUCACUUUCGACAUACUUACAUUUUUGUUUUGUGUCCAGGGCUUGAACCCAGAGCCGUGUGCAUGCAGUGUUCUGUCCAGGCGAAAAGUCAUUGCCCUUUCAUCAGUCUAGAAAGCAUGAGGUCACAGGAAUGCACCUACCAACUUCCAAACCAGUGUGGCUGGGCCAUACUGCAGCCCAUACUUCCAGAAGGCCCUGUCAAUCCACUAAAGAGAGACUUACUUCUGCCAUGCAAGUAUUAACCACGAAGAUCACACUCAGCUUCCAAGGUCAGACAUGUUUAAGGUAGUACGGUCAUGGACCAGCCACAUAGAUUUAUUUCUGGGGGAAAAACUCUCAUCAAGGAAAAUGUGCUUUAACUCUAGAAACAGAAGAGGGGCAGUGCCACAAUGUCAGGCCCUAUUCCAAUUUGUCUUUCCACAAAUUCACAUGACGGGCCACAGCCUGGUGCUCCGAAUUAGUCUGAGAGGGUUUCCCAGUCCCCACUGGUCCUCCCUUUUGUGAACACCUACUGAUCGCUCAGGACAGACCAACUGGGAAACAACCAUCCUACACGCAGCUCCAAAGACAGCAAUGCCAUGAACAGCAGGUCACUGCUGGUCCCCGGCCACAGUACUAGUCUCAGCUAGCUAACAACAAUCAGCCAAACCUGAGAAAACCCCAACCUUCCCCCAAACCAGUCAUUUCAAAGCAGUAAGGAGAAAGUAAGGGGACGCUAAGUUUCAUCUUCUCUGUCUCAGAUACCUGCCAUUACAAGAAUCGGAAAAUUCAGAAAUUCAAAUGUACUUGUCCCUUGAGCGCCUAUACUCAGAACAUGCUUCUGCUCUAGUGAUCUCAAACAAAGAGCUCACAAGAGAAAUCCAGGGCUGUACAUGCGCAGGAUCCCCAGAAGUACUAGGACUGAAGUUCCUACAUUGCCCUUCCCCGAGUACUCCAAUCCACAAGUAUUGAGUGUUUCUCCAUCCCCUGGGUCUGACCAUCACCUGACCACAUUUACAGGCUCUGACAGCAGCAGCCAGAGGUUCAUUUCUUAUACUUUGCCUGAGCUCAACUACAUUUCUCUUAACUAGCCCCUAAAAGCCUCUUGUGAUUGUGAUGAAUUAUAGAUCAGAUGCACGGAAGACUGUCUCAGCCUUUUAACUCUCCCAGCCGUGCCCAGUCCCACUUGCUUCUAAAUGGCAGCAGAUCCGGCGGCCACUAGCAGAGGUGAGAUCAGACUUCCACUUGGAAUUGCUGGGGGAUGUCUUCAGUCACCCAGAAGACCUGCUGCCAGAGUCUGUUCUUUUUUAUCAGAGCCACUGAACACAACCAGGCUCUCAAGUCUCCCACAGGACUGUCUCCUCCCCACACAUCACCCGGGGAUGCCGUCCCGGUACCUCAGCAGAGAGAAUACUCACACAAGCUAUAGGCCAAGGGGAACAAUACUUGCAAGACAACGCAAGUGAAUGAAACAAAAUUAUAGAAUUUACAAGUUUAGCAAGUAGCAAGAUAGUUUAUUUUUCUAGAUUUCAAUGUCUUCAUUUCUGUGAAGAGAGGCAAGAAAUUAAAAGCAAUUAUCAGGCCAGUCCCCAAGAAACAAACAAGAGCAGGCUUAGCUAGAAGUCCCUAGGCUCAGGCCUGGCAGUAGACAUGUAUCUGAGCACCUACCUGUCCAGCAGGUCUGGAGUCUGCCUCCUUAGAGCCAGAUGAGGCCUUUGAAACACACAGGCUUGCCCUUGCAGACCUGGCCCGUAACUUAGCCUGGAGAACAUGGUUUGCAAACAGAGGCAUCUGUGGGAGAUGAGCGAGGUCUAGAUUUAUGGGGAAAAAAACUGAUGCCUUAAGCAUUACAGCUCCUUACCAGCAAAAACCUUCAGACACAAAGCAAGACGUAAGUUUCUUAUUUUCUAAUUAUGUGGGAGCCAGUGUGACAUCUUCUUAGACCAUAUUUUGGAGCUCAGAGGUAAGAAAGGUAAUGCAUAUAGAUGAUAUGAAGUGGAUAUGAAGUAUUAUCAUCAGAAGCCCAAUGCUUUGGGGUACUGUCACCACUUUUCUGAGAAUAUUAAACUUGGUUUUUAUAUUUCCAUAACACCAUUUCAAUGGGUGAGAGGAAACCUGUGAUAAUCAACACAAAGGAACAGGGCAAGUCAUGAAAGGACAGGUAAGAACAUGCCCUGUUUACAAGUUCAAGUGGAAACCCUAAAAGUUCACACACACUUGAUAACGGCUCUCACGGAACUGGACCAGGAACAGGUGACAGAGGGACCCUCCAGCAGGAAUGGCCAGGACAGGCCCCUCAGA